ACCGACAAUGACAAGUAAUCAAUAACAAAGUGUAUAAUGAAAUUGUUUUGUUGUGGUUUUAAUUUGUACCGUCAAUUUGAGUGUUCCAGUAACAUUAUAAGGAAUUUCGUGGAGUGCACGUAUGACCGCGCAAGGGCUUUUACGCCUGGUCACACGUAUAACCUCACAAUUGAGGAUGGGGGUGUAUUUAUGCUCAACAACCACAAACGCACUCAACUUCCCCUGCCAAAUGAAUUUAAGGCACAAAAGGCUCUCGGUAUCGACAGCAGAUGUUUAAUAUUGUCAACGAAUGGGGUUCUACUCAAAUACGACCUAACAAAGUCCACAUGGGUCGAACUCUCUAGGAACAUCUCUAAAAUUGCAUUUGGAAACAAGCUCGCCAUUGCACUAGAUUCAUCUGGAAGCAUUUUCAACCUACCCUUACAAUUGGAGUUUAAUCGACGUAUAAUUGACAUGGCUACCGGCUGUGAACAUUGCCUACUGUUGGACGAAUCAGGAAGGGUAUACAGCUUCGGACGUGGCAGUCGUGGUCAAUUAGGUCAUGGCAGUUUAGCCGACGAAGACGAACCCAAGCUGAUAGACGCUCUGGAUGGCAUAAAAAUUAAAAAAAUCGCAGCAGGCGGCUGGCAUUCGUGCGCUGUUAGCGUCGACGGUGAUUUGUACAGUUGGGGUUGGAACGGAAACGGACAGUUGGGCAUUUACAAUGACGAGAAGAUUGCGUUAGCCGUGAUGGCCUGCCCUCAUAUUAUCAAUUUUGAUGAUGAUAUUCAGCUCAACGUGGUGGAUGUUGCUUGCGGCAGACGGCACACGGUUGUAUUUUUGAGUAACCGGAAGUUGUAUGGUGCAGGAUGGAAUAAGUAUUGCCAAUUGACAGAUGUAAUUCGCAAAGAAAAUGUUUAUAAGAUGGAGUUUCUUUAUGAUUUUAGUGGUGUGAAUGUUGAAAAGCUAAUGUGUGGUCCUUGGUCAACAGUUUUAUGUGUAUCUAUGUAUUAAAUAAAUGUUUUACAUCCUCUA